CCGACGACGUGCCCGCAUAAGCAAGAUGGACGCUUUAGCGUAUGACCCUGAAGACCUCGAGGAACUUCUCUACUUUUCAGGCUCGGAUUCAGAUGAGCACUCCCCAGAGCCCCCACCCGCCUCGUCCACCAUCCUGCCGCCUCUGCACUUCGUGGACAUGCCGUCGCGGUCGCCGUACCUGUCGGCGUCGAAGGUCAGUCAGCUCAGCAAACUGGGCGUGCUCAACAGCCCAUUUGGCAAAUACCCCAAGCAACGCCCUUCUCCUGUGAUCAGUCCUUCUUUACAAGCCAGUCCGCACGGGAAAAAGAAGAUGAAAUCGCCGUCCCCACUUACUCGAUUCGUGCCCGAGAUCAUCCUGCCAACCAACAUGACGUCGCCUUCGAAACUGAUGACGUUUAAAACCAACGACAUCAUCAAGCACGGCGAGCUCAAACUGUACAUGUGCCGCUACACGACCAUCCAGCCGCUGUUUUGCAUCCCUUUUCACGAAACCACGACGCUGCAGGCCUGCCGAAUCCUCAUCGACGAUCUGCUCAUGGUAGACGCCAUCGAGUAUGUCUUCGUCGCGCCUACAGGGAAAUCCAUCGCCGUGUCGGCAGAAGGCCUGUUUCACGCGCAUUGGUUCUACCCCGUCCUGACGAUCUUGGUCACGAGUGUGCUCAACCAAACGAGCCACCACGUCUCGCCUGACAAGCUCCAGCAAACGAUGGCAGCGCUGGACCAGAAAUCGCCCGCGUCCAACGAAAAGCCGUGGAACUUGUCGUACGCUAGCUUUGGCAUGUUCAGCUCCAAGGAGCUGCGGAUGCAGUCGGCGAUUAUACAGUCGCCCAUGAGCAAGAAGAUUCGAAAGCGACAGCAACGAGAUGCACUGCGCGUGUCAUUGGAAAGCCCUUUGAAGUCGUUCGAUGGUGUCGCCGACGCCUUUGAACAUACAAACAACCCCGCAUUGGACCCAGCCACGGUGCACAGCAUUCUAAAACGAAGCAAAUUCGACGUGCUCGAGCAUUUCUCGGACCGCGAAGUGCAGCGCCGAAAGAACCGCCAUAUUAAAAUCCAGCGAAAAGCGCUGCAAACCGCGCUCAACAUUCAAGAAAAGGUGAUCGUGCUGCAGUGCUGGUGGCGCACUAUGCUCAGCUAUCGGGCGCUCCAAGAGAAGAAGCAGGCGCACGUUGCCGCCAUCCGCAUCCAGUCAGUCAUGCGACAGCGUUCGCUGCAGUUGAAGCAACUGCGGGUGCGGAGAAACAGCAUUAGUCUAAACAAGACCCGAAGCAUGAAAAACAGCGCCAACCACUACGUGUUCCAAGCCUUCGAAGGCAACGACAAAGUCGUGGUGAAACUCCAAGCCAUUCAGCGCCGUCGAUUGGUGCAAAAGCAACUUCGUGUAAACCCAGACAAGGCCGAAAAGUACGCCGAGCUGGAACGCCGCCGUGAAAUGGUCCGGAAAUCUCAAGAGAAUUUUGAGCGCGAACGGGCUCUGGCCCAGCUGCGGAAGCUCCACGCCAAAGAAAGAAAAGAGCGCAAAGAACUCAACAAACUGGCGCUGGCCACGAGAAGGGAGCGGGCGGCGGUGGCUGUUCAGACCACGUACAGGCGGUACCGAGCAGGCAAAAUGGUGCUCGUGUUGAGGCGGGAGCGCAAAGCUGCCAUUAAAAUCCAGGCUCAUCUGCGGAAGAACACGGCGCUCACGAGGGUGGAAACGCUGAAGCUGCAAAUGCGAAAGUCGAGUUUGAGCGGUAAUACCACCGACUCGGAGAGCUACCACCCGCGCCUUUUUUGUCGCCGCGUAUGGUUUCGUGGCGCGUAUCACGUCCUCUACAGCUGCUUAUCGAAAGGUCAUUUACUGAUGGUUCUACACUGUAAUGCGAAUGGAAAGCAAGGCGACGCGAUGGCGCUGGAGUGCGCUUUUGACGUAGACGACCUCAAACUCUUUGGACUGCUUCCGAGUACCAUGCUCGUGCGCAUCCACGAACUGGACCGGCUUACAGAAGGAGCUACGAUGGCGCUGAUGCUGUCCAGAGGGCAAUACGUUCUGAACCAGCAGGAUUUCCACAGCUUUCGCAACUUGUCACUGGACGCCCGAACACUACUGCUGCCCAAUCCAGACAUGUACUUUGGUCGGAUGUACCAGCGGUGCAGUGACAGCAACCCAUCCAACGAACUGCUGCGCUGCUUUCGGUACUCCGAGCCCACGCUCAUUUAUUACUUGGCCAAGCGCGUGAAAUUGGGCAUGGCCCACCUGGGUUUUUUUGAAGACAAGGGCGUGCUGUACGUGGAAUGCUACAUCUCUCGAUGGCACAUUUGCAUUUGCGUGGGCUUGCAGUACCAAGAGUGGGCCUUCUCUGGCCACGGCAUCUUGGCGUUGUGCGAUUUGAACCAGAAAAUUGAAAUUUCCAAGCACAUGGGAUCUCGCAUUUCGAUCGGUCACAAUGGCGUGCGGGUGGACGUUCGAAGGCGGUUGUUUCACAUUGCAAAGAAAUUCCGACUCGUGGACGACGGCGUCCCAUCCUCAGCCACGGGGCUCUUCGCAGUGUAUAUAUUGGGCCAAGAAAUGCAGCUGGAAGUGGUGUUUGCCGAUGGGCUGGCUCGGCAGUGCAGCGUGGAUGCAGGCAUGCUGGCGCGCUUGGGGUACAGAAAGCUCCAUCAGAUGGACAUGGACACCGUUAGCAUCUUAAGCCGGCAACUGCUCAGUGGCUUGGUAAUCGUGGACCACAUCGUCCAGUUAAAUCUCUAAGAGUACAAAACACGUCGACCUCUAAAUAACGUUAGUAGUGAAACCAGA